CGGGGAAGUGACGUAUAGAAAAAGGAAGUAACGAAAUCGAUCAACCCAAGAGGUGGUAGAAAACUUGAACGGAGCUUUUGUCUGUGAGGAACCAAAGCAGACAGGAUGGGUGAGCGGAAAGGAGUAAACAAGUAUUACCCUCCGGACUUCGAUCCGGCGAAGCAUGGCUCUCUCAACGGCUACUGGAAGACUCACCCCCUGCGGGAGAGGGCCAGAAAGCUGUCACAGGGCAUCCUCAUCAUCCGGUUUGAAAUGCCCUACAACAUCUGGUGUGAUGGCUGUAAGAACCACAUUGGCAUGGGGGUCCGAUACAAUGCAGAGAAGAAGAAAGUCGGUAAUUACUACACCACACCCAUCUAUCGGUUCAGGAUGAAGUGCCACCUGUGUGUGAAUUACAUCGAGAUGCAGACGGACCCCGCCACCUGCGACUACGUCAUUGUGAGUGGGGCGCAGCGCAAGGAGGAGCGCUGGGACAUGGCGGAGAAUGAGCAGAUUCUGACCACCGAGCAUAGUGAGAAGGAGAAGCUGGAGACGGACGCCAUGUACAAACUGGACCACGGGGGGCGGGACAAGGAGAAGUUGCGGGCCUCUCUGCCCACACUCAAUGAGUUGCAAGAACAGCAGGCUGCCUGGAAGGAUGACUUUCAGAUCAACAGCGCCCUCCGCAGGAAGUUCAGAGAUGAGAAGAAGGUUAUAGCUGAAGAGGAGCAGAAGGACGAUGAGGUGAGGAAGAGGACGGGCCUGUCCAUCCCGCUGCUCCCAGAGAAGGAGGAGGACAAGAGGCUGGCCUCCCUGCUGACCUUUCAGAGCCCGGAAUCAUAUGAUGACCGGCAGCAGAGCAAGCGCAAGGAAAUCUCGACCCGCUCCUGGUUCAGCUCCCCCACCGGCCAGCAGGUGAGUCCGGCUGGGAGCCUCCUUCACAGACUGACUCUGGGGGCCCGGGGGGCCGCAGGGGCCCCUGCGACAAAGAUGUGCUCAGCACCGUCCUCAGUCAGCCAGCUCGGACUCAUCCGGAAGAAGGGGGCCGGCGGGAAAUGGCCGUGCGCUGCCGUGUCAGCCCGCAGGACAUCCAGCACCGAGGACAUGCUUUCUGACACCACAGAGGAGAGGGUGACUGCUGGACUUUCGGAGGGAGGCAUGGAGGGGGCCGGGUGGGCGGAGCCUCAAGGCAAAGAGACCAAUCAGGAGUCAGAAAUGAUGGUAAAGUGCAAAGAAGCUGAUGUCCCCCCUGCUGGUACUUCAAGGACAGAUGGAGCGUCAGCAUCAUGUGGGAAUCAUCAGGGAAAGGACAGCGGGGAGGGGGCCUCUUCUGCUUUGAGGUCUCUGGUGGCAGACUACAGUGACUCAGACUGAGUCAGGACUCUGAGUACCUCCGGGGGCUUCUUUGUGAGGCAGCGGGAAGAGUCGUCGUACCUUGGGACAGAUGGAGCCAGAGAAAUUAGUCUCAAACUACAUCACAGAGCUUUCGGUAGUCAGGAUAAUCCUAGUGCAGCUCUCACUCAUGCUCAAUGUAACGAUGCAGAAAACAGACUGAUCCCCCCUGGGUUCAGUCUGCUGGAUUUUUAUUUUUUUUUAAAGUUUACUGCACGAUCUUCACCUUUUAAAUGCGCCAUCGUUCCUGGGUCUGCAGACUCGGCUCUCGUGGUUCUGAUAGUGUGGACAGGAGUAAAAUCCACGACGGUGACAGUCGGCGCUGUGUUAUAAGCUGAGUCUUUGCUGAUUUUCAGUGGUCACUCUGUAUAACAGGAAAGUGCUGGGAGGGGGGGGGGGUUAUUCUUCUCUGGAUUGGCACUAUCAUAAUAAAGACUGCAAAUAUCUGUGGCAGAACAUAGAGGACGUUGUUACCCCACCCGUACCGUUGGUUGCUUAGAUAUUUAGGCACUAAGAUAAAAUUCUGCCUGCAUUAUGCAGUGCUGCUGACUCAUCUGACAACCCUGCCGGCUGCCCCCCCGCUUAGAUGUUUACAUUAAACUGUCUGUAAAUAAAUGUUUUCCUGUGUG